AUGAAUAGCAUAACACCACACACUACGUAUCGCCGAAUCGCCACACCCUCAUUGCCGUAUCGCACUCCCAAUCUCGCAGCGUCCAAGCCUAAAAGGAUGACGCCACGUGCUGUGCCUCUCCUCCGCAUGAGAUAUUUUGCCCUUCUCUUUCUCAGCUCUGGCGGUCCCCGGACAUUGGGAUUAGCAACUGGGUAA